AUGUCUUUUCAAUUUGUUCUCCAAUUCGACAUAGAGCUCGCAGAUCUUGCGACAAGGGAGCAAAUCCUUCACUUGACCCUCAAAGGAGUAACAAGCUUAGCCGAUUACCGUACCUCAAGUACAUGGCGCAUUACAUCUCAUGAGAUUCGACAUCCGAGGAUGUUGCGCUUAGAAAUUGACGACUUGAAAAAGCCCCAAGGAAUUCUUGGCGAGAUCUUACAGUGA